AUGGCUGCGUGGUAUACUCCUGGCGGAAGCAAGGUCGCAGAGUGGGUGUGGAAUGGAGUCGAAGUCUACUGGGUACCGGCAGUCACACAAUCCCAGGGGCAUAUCUCCCGGCAGUCCACACUAUUGGAGGCGACGAGCACACUGCUACCCCUAUUCUCUCCCAGCAACUUCAAACUAAUAUCAAACUUAACAGCGAAGCGACGAACACAUCACGACCUAGGAAUCAAGUCUCGAAGCAAGACAAUUCCAUCAACGGUCUUAACUAUCAUGUCCCUACUUCGAUCCAGCGUUUUGCCAAAGACCAACGAAGUCAAACCUCCGAGAAACCCUACCCCAAGUCCAGCAUCUUCACCCUCCUCUACUAACAAUAAUGAGCGAGUUCGCAAGUAUUCCAAGAUGCGAACUCUGAGGCUUCCUGGGAAGCCAACGCGCCCGAUCCGACUUCCUACUGAAAACGAGUUGGCUGUCCGGCGGGCUAACGAAAGGGCUGCAAUCGAAGCAUGUCAACGUGACAAGUACUGCGCGAGAGAGCUAGCAGGCGACGGGCUUUUCAUUCAUGCGCCAGCCACUAGAACCCGGCCUGAACCAGGAGCUAUUGAAUACUGCCAUGUGAUCCUCAACGUGCGGCAGGAUCCAUUAACAACCCCCUACAUUUCCGACUCCAGCGAGCUAUCUCCAUUUGUCUCCGCUGGAUUUUCCUCCUCCAGCAUCGAUUAUACCGAAGACGAAUCGAAUGAGGAUCGUACUCCCUUUAAGGAGUCAAAACUCGGACACAUAGUCAAAUAUAAACGCAAAAUACAAGAGCAAGGAACCAAGCGACUAAACAAGAUCCGAACAAACAUGUCCGAUUGGCUCGCGACGAUAGGCGCUGGUAACAACAAGCUCGUGGCUGACGAUGUGGCUCAGAAGGCUGGCCCUGUGCUUCGUGCCUCGCCGAUCCUCACUCCCUUAUCAACUCCCCUUAUCCCAGCAUACUCGACUUGCUCAUCUGACGCGUCGGCUCCUGAUACUCCAAUUGAAGAGUUCUAUCUUGCGUCGCCCAUAACUAUGAGUGUAUGGGCUGCGGGUAGGUAUGCCCACCAUCAGCAGUCCGGCCCAUGCAGCCAUGCAUGA